AGUUAUGUUUCAUUUCAGGGUCACACCGACUGAUUUCCAAUAGCUGAUACCGAGCAGACCGAGACUGAUCACUGCGUGUUUAUAGUGAAGGGGUGUGUGUGAGUGUGUGAGUGUGUGAGGGGGGCAGUGAGUAGUGGAGGGAGGGGGUGGGGGGGUUAACCACCCUGAAUAACGUCAAUGGCUGGCGAGCUGCGUCGUGCGUUUUGGUGCGGUGCUGUCCUCAGGAGCGCGCGGCUUCACGGUGCGUAAAGACACUUCCAGCACAAAAUGUGUGGAUUGGCGCUUCUUUGCGUUUACACACGGGCUGCUCCUGAUCCUCCUGGAGAGGAAUCCGUUCCUGUAACAGGACACUAAGCUAUUUUUAAACGUCCAACUCACUGAUGGCCGGAAAGAUGGACACUCUGUACAACGGCACCGAUUUUAACGGCACUAACGGGACAAAUGUGUGCGUUAACUGCAGCGACGGCUUCAACCAGUUCAUCCAGCCGGUGUGGCAGAUCACACUCUGGGCUGUCGCCUAUUGCAGCAUCGUGGCGGUGUCUGUGGUUGGGAACAUGGUGGUUAUCUGGAUUAUUCUGGCGCAUAAACGCAUGAGGACCGUCACCAAUUACUUUCUGGUGAACCUGGCCUUUGCAGAGGCGGCCAUGUCAGCAUUCAACACAGUGAUCAACUUCGCCUACGCUGUUCACAACGAGUGGUACUUUGGUUUGGUUUACUGCCGCUUCCACAACUUCUUCCCCAUCGCGGCCAUUUUCGCCAGCAUUUACUCCAUGACGGCCAUCGCUCUGGACAGAUACAUGGCGAUCAUCCACCCCCUGCAGCAGAGGCUGACGUCUACAGAGACCCGCGUGGUGAUCACUGUGAUCUGGGUGCUGGCUCUGCUUCUGGCCUUCCCUCAGUACUACUUCUCAUCCACCGCGCUGCUGCCUGGACGCACAGUCUGCUACAUUGACUGGCCUGAGUACACCUCGGUGGACUUCAAGAAGAUAUACUACGUGUGUGUGACACUGCUGAUCUACUUCUUGCCCCUCUGCAUUAUGGGAUGUGCGUACACGAUCGUGGGUGUCACCCUCUGGGCGAGUGAGAUUCCUGGAGACUCUUCGGAGCACUACAAAGAGCAGCUGACUGCCAAACGCAAGGUGGUGAAGAUGAUGAUCGUGGUUGUGUGUACGUUCGCUGUCUGCUGGCUGCCCUAUCACAUCUACUUCCUACUGCAUCAGUUCUUCCCCGAUUUAUUCGAAGAGCGCUACAUCCAGCAGGUGUACCUGGCCAUCAUGUGGCUGGCCAUGAGCUCCACCAUGUACAACCCGAUCAUCUACUACUGCCUCAACAGCAGGUUCAGAGCAGGUUUCCAGCAGGUGUUUUGUUGCUGUGCUCCAACCGUCGGCAAGGAGGAGCUGGAGCUCAAAUCACCGCGUUACCUGCAAACACAGGUGAGCAUAUAUCGAGCCAGUCGCAAUGAGACGGUUGUGUCCACCGCCGUCAACCCUGCAGCAACGGAGCAAAAGACAGCAGAGCUGCCGUCCAGCCCCCCUCACAGCCCGCCUCACGCAGAGGUCACAUCUAACGGCUCGGGCUCAGAGACAUUUACCAAGAGCCCCAACAGCCCCUCCCAGUAAAGGAAACACCAUCAAGUGGUGUGGGAACCAAGUGUGGAUGUGUGAAGAGCAGCGGCUCAAACCUGCCUUCAGCUUUCACUGUUCCGAGGAGGCAGUCGAGCUCCGACACUGCCGUACCGGUCAGGUGCAUUAUUUAGCUCUGGUGUUUUGUUCUAACCAGUGAGACAAGUGCAUUAAUACCACACAGAGGCCUACAGCUGAUCAUCAGUGGGUGGGAACUCAUCAGAGUGAAAACAAGUGUUAAUGUGUUAUAAAAUACAAUACAAAAAAGAAACCACUGUCAACUUGGGGCUCAAUGUCACAUGUCAGUGGAGGUCAGAUUAUACAAUAUUUCACACACAAAAACAGUCCAAACAGGUUAAACAUAUUUUGUCACCAGAGAGGUGUCUUCACAUUCCUCUACUAAAGGGAGAGAUGUCUGUGCACUUCCCUUAAAUCGGAGAUCCAAACGUACGCCAGGCAGCUAAAUUAGAUAUGUCACUAAUGCAAAAGCCAAUUGCUGUCUAAUCCGGGACACACACAUCGACAGGGGAACAGACUUCGACCCAACACUUUCAAAGAAACCCGAAACCUCCAGCACGAAGCAGAUUGUCACUACAGAGAGCAGUUAACAUUAGCACAGUGAGUGUAUGGAGGUAAAUGGACCAAUGUGAACACACUGUCACAUUGUAGCAGACAUUAUGGUGUGUUUCACAGCCACUAACAUUGUGUUAGCCACUGCUAAUUACAAGCUAACAAACAACGUGAAUAAAAGACGCUAACUACACCAACCAUUCUGAUAUGUCUGCUAGUCUGGGUCUGACUGAGGCUCAGACGUGUAUGGCCGAAUCUCUGUACAGUUUCCCCUAAUGCUAACCAUCUUAAUGCACACUGAUUUGUCACUCUUUCAUCGGUCAACGUAGCGCGAGUAAUGCUGGAGAAACAGGAAAGCAAAACCCACCUCAAGCAUUGGUGGUGGACGGGUGAGAGGCCAGAUCUAGAAUUUCUCAGAGACAAAGGAAGGCUAGAUCUGCUUCUAAACUCUUUUCAGAGGUUUUUUUUUUACUAUUAUGAUGGAAAACAGUGUUAAACAAAGUGCUAUACUUUAGAAUAUGUCUGGUGAGGGGCUAUGAGUACACUUGCAUCUAUUUACAUUGUACAGUUGCCAGCUGCUUAUUCGCUUAGCCCCUCCUUGCCAAGAAUUCGGUCGCUCCGUAAGACAAGAAUUUGCUACCUAAUGUCAGCCACCCUGCUGUCCCUACGCCUUCCUCCCUACUGAGCUGCUUCCCUGAGCAGAGAGUGAGUGCAAGCUCCAAAGUCCCACCUUGGGUCGUUGGCUAUAGCAGCUUGAAUAGAGUGCCCCACUUAAGAGUCCUAAAACCUGGAAAUGAGUUAGCACUCCCGGUUCCCUUGUCUCAAAGUCAAAAGGUUGGUUUACACAAGCUUAAGAGACUCACGUUUUGCUCUACAACAUAAAAUACAUCAGUAAAUACCCUACUCUUGAACUUUGAGGCUUCUACAUGACUUACAAAAAAGCGGUUUCUAACAAAUGGUUAAAUGAGACUACAGAACGUCAUCGCGCAGAAAACGGCUUCACUGUCUUGUUGAAUGUUAUGUUGUAAUCAUAAACAUCUGUUUGCCACAGAGCUUAUUUUCUGCAGCAUUCCUAAAUCCGAUGGGAAAAUUCCAGAGGCUUUUUGACGAGGGAACCAGUGCGAUGCUAACUUACGUGUCAGCACAGAAAAAUGUCAUCCCUGGGGCAUGUCAUUUGACCUGCCCAAACCCUCCAACACUGGGUGUCACAGCAGUGCUGGGUCUAACUUGUGUAACAGCAGCAACAGAAAGUUUGCUGAUCCAGCAAACAGUCUGGACUGUCCAGUCCACCAGAGCUGGGGUUUGUGCUGGCUAGAUUCCAGUUGCUUCGGCCACUAACUAGGGGUCUGUCUCCGGAGCUGCUGCCCACUCACCUCCCAGUGAGGUGGUCUGUAGUGGCGGGGAGUGAGGCG